CCCCCGCCGCCGCGGAGCCCCGCCAGCCUGCCCUCUGCUCUGCUUCCCCGCAGGGAGCUGCCGGACGGCGGGGCCCGGCCGAGCGUCGCGCAGUUCAAGCAGCUGGUGGUGUCGGCGCUGAGGGAGCUGCACGGAGAGGUUGGAGCAGCUUUGCCUGUGGAUGUCUUAACAUAUGAGGAAAAAACCUUGUCUGCCAUAUUAAGAGUUGUUAGCAGUGGCCUUGUCAAGCUGUGGAGUGCUCUAACAUUGCUGGGCUUCUACCAGAACAGGAGGUGUGCCUUUCGAGUGCUGCAGGCAUCUCCAUUUCUUCUUGCGUUAUCUGGCAACAGUAGAGAACUAGUCUUGGACUGAAUGCGGUUGUUGGUUUGGUUGUACGAAGCAGAAGUUGCUUGAGAUGUUGCAGCCCUUCAGGUGUGGAAUUUCUAGAGGGGAUUUCCGACAGAGAGCCUUGACAAAGCUAACAGUUAUCAAUUCACUGCUUGGACAUCCCGUACUUCAGAGUUUACACAUAAAAGUUGGAGACAAAGCCGAACUUACCAAAGCUUUUACACAGAAUGAUGUUGUUACUUUUUCUGCUUUAACAGGUGACACAAAUCCUUUGCAUUUAAAUGAAGAUUUUGCAAAGAAAUCUAGGUUUGGGAGAACUAUCGUACAUGGAGUUUUGAUCAAUGGACUUAUUUCCGCAGUUCUGGGUACUAAAAUGCCUGGUCAAGGUUGUGUAUUUCUUUCUCAGGAGAUCCGAUUUCCAGCUCCUUUGUACACUGGUGAAGAAGUCAUAGCUGCAGCUGAAGUUAAACGAUUGAAGGGUUCUAUUGCACACAUUUCAGUAUCAUGUAAAGUCAAAGAAAGUGGAAAGACUGUUAUGGAAGGGACGGUGAAAGUCAUGGUGUCAGAGAGUUAGAGCUAUUGCUCCUAUGCUGCUUUACUAUAAAGGCCAGAACUGUAUGCUUGGUUUUGACUCUGUCUUUUUAUGUAACAUCACUUAAUCCAGUAAAUUUGCAACAAAAAAAACCCCUUCAAAACAUUUCAAAGACAGUGCACAAAUUUAAUCUUGAUAGAACUGCAUUAAACUUACAGCUUUUCAUUUUUCCCUGCGUACUGCCAUGAUGAAACCAAUAGAACUACUGUGACACUUACUGUGACAAAAGUGGCACGUUUAGAUAAGCCUUUGCUCUGCUACAGUGGGAAGUCUGGAGUGGCGGGGCUUAUAUUGAGGCUGUUUUCAGCAAAAUCGCAGUCCACACUAGUGAAGUUCGGUUAAAACUUGUUCCCUCUUUACAAAGUAGUUGUAUUGCUAACAAGCACUGGAAGGAGGGGACAACGCUGUGUGUUUAACAAGCAGAACAGAAGUGGAGGUAUUGACAUGUCCUGCAAGAUCCGUUGUAAUCUCUGUGGUAGCUCUAGCUGAUGGUGCAGUGUGCUCUUUUGCAAUGUUCUAGCUAGUAAAGCCUUCCUUAGCUCUGCAAAUAAGUAAUAGUCAGCUUUCACAUAAACAAUAUACUCUGCCUGGUUUAGCUGGAGAUGUGGCUCUUGCAAUACUUCCAAAUUCUUUAGAUACCUUACAAAACCUGAUUAUAAACAAAAAAGGUAUCUUUAAUGAUAAGCGACUCUGAAACUUGCCUCCCAGAAGCAGAGUGAAGGAAGCUUUUAAAAAGCUGUAUCGUCACUGCUUGUACUUGUUGCCUCCUGAUGCUCCUCUGGGGAAGACAAGCAGGGGCAAUUCUGUUGAUUACUAACUAUGGCUUCUCUCUGCUUACCUGACUCUGUGAACAUGUAUUCCCCUUUGCCCAAUGAAAGUACCUUGGUUGCUGGUAAAGUAGGCUUUUGGUGAAUUCAUUAGUAAAUAAUCUGGAUUAAAUUAUUUUAGUACCGACUUAAGAUUAUUAUAUGCUAAGAAACUUUUCAGGAAUGAUGGGGACCAUCAGGAGUAAAAGCACAGGCUGUCUUCAGUUGGUGGGCUUGUAUAAAUUUCUAGCGAAACAUCUCCCCCAUCUCUGCAGCAGAAAUGAAUUUGUAACUUUUCUUGACUGCAAAUAACCUCAGAAGUUGUUUGCUAUGAAAAGAGUUUGUCCUCAAACUGUGAUGAAAGCUGCUGUUAAAACAGUUACACUGUCUGGGUGUGAUGUUUCUUAAGUGCAGCUGCACUGUAAUAACAGACCCCAGGUGUUAAGUAAAACUGGAUCAGAGGGAGGAGUAAUGUUUAAGAUGUUUGACUUCACUAUGCCCUCUGUUUUCAAAAUAAUGGGGUUUGGCCUGUUCGCAACAUGGAACCAGUAUUUAGUGAGAGCUUUGCUUAUUUCUUGUCUGUAGGAGUUGCUUCACUUCCCAUUUCCUUUUCUUCUGCCUUGGGUCACUGCCUGAUCGCUGGCUUUUGCCGUCCAGAGCACUGUUUCUCAAAGCAGGGGUGCUUCUUCCCUCGAUCUGUGUUCACCUGCCUCUCUAGGUGGGAAGUUGUCACGUUAAUGCCUAUUAACAAAAUGAAGCAAAUGUGAGGACGAGAUGGUAGGUGAGGGGUUAGGGCCAUAAUUGAAUCUGUAUGUGACUUCCUGGGUAACUGUAGGAGUAGUUUGGAAAGAUUGCUGUUCCAGCCCUUGGUUUAGCUGCUUAACCACAGCACGCAGCCCGUUUUCCUGUCAACGUGGAGCUGCAAGACAGAGAUGCGAGGCUAUUUAUGUGUUUGAAGCGUAUGGCAAACUCAAGCUCUGCAGUUUUACAACAUCUUA